GUUUACGGUGUGGUGUUUCUGCUUCCGGAUUUAACACUCACACCAGACUGUGAGCAGCCUGGGGGCCUGGUCGUGUUUAGUAACGUGCCCUUCCCCCACUACGGAUCAAAGCUACGAGGAGAGUGAAAAUCAGGAACUUCUUUGUGAGAAGACAAGAUGCCCAUAGUCACACGGCGGCUGAGAGAUCCAGACAUAAACCCUUGCUUGUCGGAAUCUGAUGCGUCUACCAGAUGUAUGGAUGAAAAUAACUAUGACAGGGAGAGAUGUUCCAAUUACUUCUUGAAGUACAAAAACUGCCGGCGAUUCUGGAAUUCUGUCAUGAUCCAAAGAAGACAAAAUGGAGUUCAGCCAUCUAUGCCUACAGCAGCAGAAAGAGAUGAAAUCUUGAGAGCAAUGCAAAAGAUGCCCUAUUGAGUAUUUGUAUUAAAAUUGUUUCUAUAACUUGAA